GGGCAGCGCUCACUCCGAGGAAAGUAAUUAAGACGCUAGCAUCGCAUAGUCCGGACGCGCGUUCCCUCUGCUAUAGUUGCAACAGUUUUUUUGUUUUAGUCAGUCGGAAAACGGUGAUCGGCGGUAGGUUUGCCAACUAACAGCCUCCACACCCGCUCAGACACCAUCCGUGUGUGGAAACAGUAAUUUGAAGGUCCACAAUCAUCUUCGGUCGUCCGUGGCGGUAACCCUGAAUCGAGGAGAUUUUCGCAGGAACAGUCGCUGCCCAGAGUUUGAACGGUGAACAGCAACAUUUGUUGGAAAGAGGAUCUCGGAAUCUCUGCCUUCGUGUAGCGAAUCAACCAACAACGUACAUACAGUGAGCAAUCGAACGGCGCAAGAAGUCGAAUUCUGAAUCGAAGUCAAGUGCUCGAGUUUGUUUGCUUUUCUUUCGUGAUUGUUGUUAUGAUCAGAAUUGAAUAACAAUUGUGCAAAUUUGUGCAGUCGAGAAGCGCGAAGAAGCCUGUAAUUAGCUUUUGCUUUGUGAGUGUUGGAGCGGUUUGGUAACAUUUCUUCUUUCGAACUCGUUUCGUUGCAAGACUCCUGAACAGAAGAUCAGAAUCGAGCAGUGCGGUACGAUUCGUAACAGUAUAGCAAACAGCAAACCACUUAACCAACCGAAAUAAGUGAAAACAUUUCGUAUUGACAAACUGUAAACCACACAAUACAAAAAAAAAAAAAACAAAAUAUAGUGCAACUUUUUAUUGAGCUACUUGCUUCAUCGGUACCCCGGCUAAGUUCGCAGCAUUCCGGCCAGGAACAAUCCUACAACUGGUGAUAGAAGAGCCGACAGUGAGUUGCACAAAACCUAAACACCAUGACGGACGUCGCACAUGAACUUGGUGCCCUGCGGUUGAUAGUGGAUUCGCCACUGUCGUCCAAGGUUGCCCUAUUUAAUGAAAACGCCAAAAGCCAUAUUGCAUCCCAGAUAGCCAAUCCAUUCUCGGAAUCACAAGGCGUUCGGGGAAUGCAAAGACUAAAGAUCAGUAAAGAGGAGUACGGCAGACCGAAAGCCGGAAGCCUCACCGAAUACCGGGGGAAGAAGGCCAACAUCCAGGUCUACCAGGAGAUGCUGGAACUGUGCACGGUCAUUGCCGACGAGGGUCAGCCCCUGUCGAAGAAGGAACCGGAACUGAAAGUGAUUCUGUUUGGCGAACUGUUCAAUAUCUACACCCACAUCAAUGACAAGCUGGUCGGGCUGCUGCUGCGUGCCCGCAAACACGAGCUGAUCCAGUUCGAGGGUGAAGUGUUGUUCCAGCGCCGCGACGACAAUGUGCCCGUUUUCCUGCAGAAACCAAUCCAGGAGAUCCGGAGCAUUCUGGUCGGCAAGCAGACCGAAAUCCGUCGGAGUCUUAGUCCGAAUCCGGUACCGACUGGAUUGCUGUAAAACUGCGCCGAUGCUUUGUGUGUUGUUUUGACAUGUCGCACUGCGAUCCCGUACCGUUCGGGGAAAAUAGGUGCCGGCUGUCAGAUGCGAUGUGUGGGAAUGUGUGCGAGUUUGACGUUUGCUGUUUUCGUUGAGUUGUUUGGAUCGAUCAUGAAUGGAUGUGACAGCGUUGUGUGUUUGAGUGACGUAACAGAAAAAAAAACUUGUACUGAAAAUUGUCAUAUGUAUAUUUUAGAAGUUUUUUUCGGAAAUGUUAUGUUUCUUCUCGAGAAAAUCAUUGCUCGUGGACCAAAAAAAAAGAGUUAGAUAAAUUGAAAGACAGUUUUGUUGUUUUCUUUCGAAAAAAAAUUACCAAUUUCAGUUAACACAAUUUAUAGGUAUGUUACUAUUUCGUUUUUUUUUUUUCGUUCAAUACUACAUAAUUUUCAAAUAAAAAUAGAGAGAAAGGGCUAGGCGUAGAGCUUUUCCUGUGAAUUCCAGAGUAAAAAGAUUACUAAUAUCUCUAGUUGUAAUGUGAACAGAAACAAACAGAACCAAAAAUAGUUGAUAAGUUUACAAAUUUUUACAAAAAAAAACAAAACAAUUAUGACAGUUUAUUCUUUUAGGCCUGCUUUUUCAUUCGCUUUCAUCGAAUCAACACUAGUUCGUGCAAUAGUUAGUAUUUAAUUUGCUUUUCGUUUCGUUUCGUUUCGUUUGUCAAGAUUAAUUUUUCGUUCGAGUUUGUCUAGUGUGGUAGUCACAGUAUUAUAUUGUACUUGUACAUGAAGCAGAUGAGCGCUAACAAAUAAACAAAUCGUGCCCAUGUUGGUAUGGCGGCGGUAUGAAUGGAAGGCAAAAGCCCAGCAGUAACAAUAGAAGAAUGCUAUAUCAUCAUUUCUACACCCGCAGAAUGUAGCAAUAAUGAAGCCAUAGCGUGAUAGUCGCGAGAGAGAAAGAGAGAGAGAAAAAAAAGGGUACACCGUGGGAAAAAAAAGUGUUUGAACAAAAUUUGCGGAAAGCUUCCGCUCUUCGAAACAAGAAAUUAAAACACCAUCGAUAUGAAUCAACACAAAAGGAAAAGUACGAGAGGAAAAAAAUAGCGUUUUGCAAGUGAAAAACAAAUUCGAUAAUGCAUAGCGUAGUCGGAAACUGGGUGAAAGAAGACAGGGGAAAAAAAAGUAUACUAACAUGAGUAUGUUUAUGUUUUGUGUAGGAAAUUCUUUGCCAGAGGAGCAGAAAAAAAGUGGUACUGUAAUUAGCUCGUUAAGUAGAAGAUAAUAAAGAUACUCUCUGUUUACAAUAUUACCAGCAUCAGGAA